AUGCCAGCAGCAACGGUAGAUCAUAGCCAAAGAAUUUGUGAAGUUUGGGCUUGCAACCUGGAUGAAGAGUUGAAGAAAAUUCGUCAAGUUAUUAGAAAAUACAAUUAUGUUGCUAUGGACACCGAGUUUCCAGGCGUGGUUGCAAGACCUAUUGGGGAAUUCAGGAGCAACGCUGACUAUCAGUACCAACUACUACGGUGUAACGUGGACUUGUUAAAGAUAAUCCAGCUAGGACUGACAUUCAUGAAUGAGCAAGGAGAAUACCCUCCAGGAACUUCAACGUGGCAGUUUAAUUUUAAAUUUAAUUUGACGGAGGACAUGUAUGCCCAGGACUCCAUAGAGCUGCUGACAACAUCCGGUAUCCAGUUUAAAAAGCACGAGGAGGAAGGAAUUGAGACCCAGUACUUUGCAGAACUUCUUAUGACAUCGGGAGUGGUCCUCUGUGAAGGGGUCAAAUGGUUAUCAUUUCAUAGUGGUUAUGACUUUGGCUACUUAAUCAAAAUCCUGACCAAUUCUAACUUGCCUGAAGAAGAACUUGACUUCUUCGAGAUCCUUCGGUUGUUUUUUCCUGUUAUUUAUGAUGUGAAGUACCUCAUGAAGAGCUGCAAAAAUCUCAAAGGUGGCUUACAGGAAGUUGCGGAACAGUUAGAGCUGGAACGGAUAGGACCACAGCAUCAGGCAGGGUCUGAUUCAUUGCUCACAGGAAUGGCCUUUUUCAAGAUGAGAGAAAUGUUCUUUGAAGAUCACAUUGAUGAUGCCAAAUAUUGUGGUCAUUUGUAUGGCCUUGGUUCUGGUUCAUCCUAUGUACAGAAUGGCACAGGGAAUGCAUAUGAAGAGGAAGCCAACAAGCAGUCAUGA